AUGGCCACCCUGGCCUCGUCCCCUCCGACCUCGCCUUCAUGGCCGAAACGGCGCUCCCGAGCUUGGAUGCUCCGCUGUGAGCGAUACUGCUGUGCAGCUGCCAGCUGCUUCCCACUUGCAUUUGUAUAUGGAAUUACGACCUGGGCGGUUUAUGUGGAGGCUAGUCUUGGGUUCAAGGGUUCGCAGAGUAAAUGGAUUGGUUUACCGAGUAGUUUCCUCGGGCUUCUCUUAUACAUCGCUCUCAACUCGUCGUAUACGAUUGCCGUCUUCACCGAUCCUGGGUCUCCCUUAUCAACACGCCGAGGGAAUGAUCGACACAAUUACAGUGCGCUACCUGUCACCGAAUCUGUAUACCCCGAGUUCACGUCAUAUACUGUCAGUUCUACGGGAGGAUCGCGAUACUGCAAGAAAUGCCAGUGUCCUAAACCUGACCGCGCACAUCAUUGCUCAACAUGCAAGCGGUGUGUGCUCAAGAUGGACCACCACUGUCCCUGGCUAGCAACCUGCGUCGGUCUACACAAUUACAAAGCGUUUCUCCUUUUUCUCAUCUACACCUCGCUGUUCUGCUGGGUGUGUUUCGGUGUGGCGGGCACGUGGACCUGGCAGGAAGUCCUCAACGAUACAGUGUACAUGGACAACUUCCUGCCAGUCAACGUGGUUCUACUAGCCAUUCUGGGUGGAAUAAUCGGUCUGGUGUUGACUGGAUUUACCGCGUGGCAUAUUAGUCUCGCAGUGCGCGGGACUACUACUAUUGAAUGUUUGGAGAAGACGCGAUAUGUCUCACCGCUGCGCAAAGCAUUGGAGCGACAGCGAUUCGACAAUGAGUCUGGACCCGGCGGCUUCAAUGGUGAUGCGUCCCAGGAAAGCCUCGCUCACCGGCUUCAGGGAUACGGAAACCAGAUCAUUGACGCUCACGCCAAUGCCAUUCCGGGUGUGACCCGUGCGGAGGAGGGCGAAGAGCGUCUCUCACCCGCGCCCUAUGCUCCAGGCCAGGGACCGAACUUCCAUCAUGCAGACCUUCAAAACAACCCCAACAACCUCUCUCCAGCUCAACAAGCCCUCUCCCGCUCAUACGCGGACAUGGAGCGUCAGCGCGAACACGACCGGUAUCAACAAUAUCUCAACGAAGAGGACAGUGAGAAGACCCCUAGUGCAUUCGACCACGGCUGGCGCCGAAACCUAUUACACCUCUUCGGUGACCGUCCCCUCCUCUGGCCCAUUCCCGUCUGCACAACCACCGGCGACGGCUGGCGCUGGGAACCUAGUCCCCGUUUCCUCGAAGCCCGCGAACGCCUCCGUCUCCGCCGAGCACAGGAAGCGUAUGACGAACAGCAGUAUUACCGCGAUCUAUACCAACGAAACAUGGAUAAUAGCCACGCCUGGAUUGGCGGAGCUGGCGCUGGCGCUGGCACCGGCAAUUUGAAUGCCAACGGUACUGGCACCAGCAUGUCCCCAGCCCAACCUAGCUGGAUCGCCAACCGUAAUCGCCAAGAGACACACGAGCGUCCACCAACCAGCGUCUCGAUGCAAACUCUCGCGCCCGCAUCCCCUCGCCCUCGGCCGGGCGAUAGCGACUUCGAAGAUGAGCCGGAUGUCGAGAGCAAUGGACUUUUAGAUCCGGAGGCUGCGGCUCAUCCUGCGCGUCCGCGAGAUACGGAUGAGUGGCGUGACUGGGAAUGA